GGACAUUUGGUAAGUUAAUCUUUGUUUUUAAAUUUAAGAAUAAUAUAUGUAGGCUUUCAGACAUCUUAUUUUAUAAUUUUGGGGUUUUAUGAAUAUAUUAAUUUCAACUUGUAACCAUUUUUUUUCCUAGAUGACAGUUUUGCAUUUUAUUGGGCGAAUUGGCAGAAGUUGUGAAGAAAAGACAAAAAAAGACUUUAAAGCCACUUUAAUCUAAAAGCCAGCAGCAGAUGGUCUAAUGUAUUUCCAGAGAUGAAGAUCUAUCAGAGUCUGUCUGAGAACAUCCUGACAGUCAACAUGUUACUGAGUGUCUUCUUUCUUCCCGGUGACUUGGCUGAUUGUCCCAAUCCAGAUCUUAUUGCUGACAUACAUUGACAGAUUGAAGCUCUGAGUGGAUCUUGUUUGCAAAUCCCAUGUAGCUUCAAUUCGACGCAUUAUACAUAUGACAACAGGAGACCCAUCUAUGGAGUUUGGUUGAAAAAUAUCUCAGAUUUCUAUGCCAAACCAAGCCCUGUUAUUUUCAACAGCAGUGGGUCAGUUAACACAUAUUCACUAAAUAUGGCUGGAAACUUGAGUGAGGGAGACUGCACCACUCUGUUUCCUGAUUUAAAGACUAGUCAUACUGACAGUUACUUCCUCCGCAUUGAGAACUGGCCAUUCAGGGCAAGCGCUAAGUGUCAUCCUCUACAAAUAACAGUUAAUGAUUCUCCAUGGAGUCCCAGCAUUAAUGUUCCCUCUGACCUGAAGGAGCAUCAGUCUGUCACUGUAACCUGCUCAGCUUUCACUCCCUGUCCACACUCACCUCCUGAACUCACCUGGAAUCUCCAACAAGACUCUCUCAGACAAACAGAGAAAAACACAGAUGGAACCUUUACAACUAAAAUCCAGGAGAACAUCACUCUGUCAGACACACAUGAUGGAUACAACAUCAGAUGUUCUGCCAGAUAUCCUGUGAUUGGAGGAAACAAGACAGCAGAGACAGAAGUGACUCUCAGUGUUUCCUAUGCUCCUAAAGACACCUCAGCAUCCAUCAGUCCAUCAGGUUUGGUGUCAGCAGGUAGCUGGGUGGAGCUGAGCUGCUCCAGCAGAGCCAAACCUCCACCCAACUUCACCUGGUUCAGGAUCAGUGAACAUGGAGCCACUAAAGUGUCUAUGGAGCAGAUUUACAGCUUCAAUGUUACUGAGGAAGAAGAGUAUUACUGUGUGGCUACAAAUUAUCUGGGGAAUCAGAAAUCAUCAGUUCUUCUUAGUUUUGAAGAUCGUCAAGAGUUUGGACUCUUUCUCUGUGCUGCAGUGAAGAUCCUGGGACUCACAAUCCUCUGCAGUGCAGUCGUCAUCUUUGAAUGCUGGUUUAGACUAUCCAACAGAUCAAGGAAGGAUCCAGAAGAACCAGACCAGGUCAACAGAGUGAUGGAGAUUCAGGCAUCAUGAGCCACGAGAAGACAAACUAUCGGAAAAUUAUUUCCUCAGAACAUCCUGAAAUGUUCUGAGGAAAUUAUUUUCUGAUUAAGUUUGUCAUUUGUUUUAGUUCAUUUUUUUUUUUCAUGCCCUUCUAAAUUUAAAAUAAAGUGUCUAUAUCUUGUAUUUUGUAUGGUAUGUGAGUAAACACUCAAAGUUCCAGUGUUUUGUCAGAGCUCCGACUAAAGAAGCUCUGAAAUUGCCUGCCUCCAAAAAAAAACAACAUCCUGAACUCUGUUUCCAUGUCUGAAAGGUUUGACAAAUGUUGAUUUAAUUUUCUUCAGCAGCAGCCUCUACCUGAGUUGAUGGAUCAGCAUUGAAUUAUUUUUGAUAACUCUUUGGUGCCAUCUAUAGGUAAACACGUGAUGGUGCGCUUUUUAAGAUUUUUGUUUGUUUGAUUUUAGCAUUCUAUAUAAUAAAAGUUUAAAACCUAAA